AGCGCCUCUCUAACAACGCCUGUGCGCGAGAAAUGGCGGCUGCGUAGUCGAUAACUCUCGGACUCGUUUUGUGUGUAUCGUACGCGUCGAGGGUGGAUUACGACGUGACGAAAAAUUAACAUCGAACAGGUUGUUGAUGAUGGCAAUGUCGAAUCUCUAUUCCAAGAUUUCUACUAAGCCGAUGAAGCGCUUUCAAGACAAUGUCACAGUCAAACAGACUAAUGCCUGGAUGAACGUGGAAUCCCCAAGCAAUACAUCAGAUUCACCACCGUCAGUUAGCCCACUUUCUUCAUCCAUCGUAUUACAACGCGAAGGAACCAAUGCAAUAAAUCAACCAUUGAGUGCUCCUGCAUCGCCUUUGUCUUGCUUAUCAUCGCCUAUAACGCAAUUAAAUUUACCAUCGCCCGGAGAUUGCACUCAGGAUCCCAAUUGGCAAGCAACAAAACCUACAGUUCGGGAACGGAAUGCGGCCAUGUUUAAUAAUCAUCUCAUGGCCGAUAUCAUAUUUAUUGUUGGCAGCCCAGGUCACACGCAAACAAUACCAGCACAUAAAUAUGUUCUUGCUACUGGUAGUUCUGUAUUUUAUGCCAUGUUCUAUGGAGGAUUACCAGAAAAUAAAAGAGACAUUGAAGUUCCUGAUGUUGAACCUGCUGCCUUUCUCGCGCUAUUAAAGUAUAUGUAUUGUGACGAGGUACAACUAGAAGCGGAUACAGUUCUGGCCACAUUGUACGUUGCAAAAAAAUACAUAGUUCCACACUUAGCACGAGCAUGCGUCAAUUAUUUGGAAACGAGUUUGACGGCAAAGAACGCAUGUUUACUUCUGAGUCAAUCUCGAUUGUUUGAAGAACCUAAUCUUAUGCAACGUUGUUGGGAAGUGAUCGAUGCACAAGCAGAAAUGGCACUAAGAUCCGACGGAUUUAUGGACAUUGAUAUUCAUACACUCGAAUCUGUCUUAUCUCGAGAGACACUAAAUUGCAAAGAAAUUCAUAUAUGGAAUGCUGCAUUACGAUGGGCUUCUGCGGAAUGUAUACGGCAAGAUCUUGAGCCUACUCCAGUCAAUCAAAGAAAAUUAUUAGGGUCUGCCUUGUAUUUAAUUAGACUUCCUGCUAUGAAUCUAGAAGAGUUCGCAAACAAUGCCGCACAGAUAGGAAUUCUAACGCAUCAAGAAACAAUUGAUUUAUUUUUGCAUUUCACAGCUAGUAACAAGCCACAACUUUGUUUUCCUAUCAAAUCACGUCAAGGAUUAAAAACUCAAGUUUGCCAUAGAUUUCAAUCCUGUGCAUAUAGAUCAAAUCAAUGGCGGUACAGAGGUCGUUGCGACUCGAUUCAAUUUAGCGUUGAUAAAAGAAUAUUUGUGGUGGGAUUUGGUUUAUAUGGAAGUUCAUCUGGUGCUGCAGAUUACAAUGUUAAAAUAGAGUUGAAAAGGCUCGGGAAUGUUUUGGCAGAAAACAAUACUAAAUUUUUUUCUGACGGUUCGAGCAAUACGUUUCAUGUGUAUUUUGAGAAUCCGAUACAAAUAGAACCAGAAUGUUCGUAUACGGCAAGUGCAAUAUUGGACGGUGGAGAAUUGAGUUUUUUCGGUCAAGAAGGUAUGUCAGAAGCGACGAUCGGCAGUGUAAACUUUCAGUUUCAAUGUAGCUCCGAAAGUACUAACGGUACCGGUGUACAAGGUGGACAAAUUCCCGAAUUAAUUUUUUAUGGGCCACCAUCCGAUGACUGACAGAAAAGUACAAUGGAGCAUAUUGUGUAAUUAAUUAAUAGCUUGCAACAAAAAAUAUUCAGAUUAUUCGUUGCAGAUCUGCCAAAUUUUAAAACAUAGGAGAGAACGUGUAUUCCAUAUAAGUAUAUUCUCUAUAUGAAUUGAAUAUUCACAUUUCACAAAUUGAAAUAUUUCAUUUAAAUUAUCCCCCAAAAAAGCACUUUUAUGAAAUUUUGAAA